GGUUGGGGGAAACUUUUUAUUUUUUUUUACCCCCCUACCCCUCAUCUGGUGGAUUUCAAAGUUGUUUGGGAGGGGGGGGCGCAGUUGUGUUUCCAUGGCAAUGGCUUGGAUGGAGCUCGCGUAAUCACCUGACAGUAGGAAGGAGCGCCUCGAUGGCCCAGGUUUCGCCGAUGGACAUGGCCGCCCCACUCCUGGACGACACGGAGGACCACAGGUGUGCGGGACUUCUCUUCAAUGUCAACAACAGCAACAACAACAAAGACAAGGAUGAGAAGAAGAAGAAGAAGAAAAAGAAGGAGAAGAAAGACAAGAAAACGAAGGAGGGGAAGAAGAAAGCCGAAAAAGAAGAAGAAGAAGAGGAGGAAAAGAAGAAAGCCAAGGCAGAGGAGAAGAAGGAGGCGGUUCCAAAGGAGAUCACGGUGGUGGACCCGGCGGGGAACACAUAUUACCACUGGCUCUUCAUCAUCACGCUUCCCGUCAUGUACAACUGGACCCUCAUCAUCGCUAGGGCGUGCUUCGAGGAGCUUCAGAUGGACUACUUGCGCUUCUGGUUCCUCUUGGACUUUCUCUGCGACUUGCUCUAUGUGGCCGACAUGAUCUUCCGAACCAGGACAGGCUACCUGGAGCAGGGUCUUCUGGUCAAGGAUGAGCAGAAGCUACGCGAGCGUUACGUGAAGAGUUUCCAGUUCCGACUGGAUGUCCUCUCCAUGGUCCCCACGGACGUUCUGUACGUCACUCUGGGCCUCAACUACCCCGAGAUCCGCCUCAACAAGCUGCUGAGGUUCAACAGAAUGCUGGAGUUCUUCCAGAGGACCGAGACCAGAACCAACUACCCCAACAUGCUGCGGAUCUCCAACCUGGUCAUGUACAUUGUCAUCAUCAUCCACUGGAACGCCUGCCUCUACUAUUCCUUCUCCAAGGCCAUCGGUUUUGGCUCGGACAGGUUUGUGUAUCCUGACCCAGCAAACCCAGAGUUCGGCCGCCUGGUGAGGAAGUACGCCUACAGUAUGUACUGGUCCACGCUGACGCUCACCACCAUUGGAGAGACUCCGCCCCCCGUGGAGAACUCAGAGUACUUCUUUGUGGUCACCGAUUUCCUGGUGGGCGUGCUGAUCUUCGCCACUAUCGUGGGUAACGUGGGCUCCAUGAUUACCAACAUGAACGCCGCCCGCGCCAACUUUCAGGCUCGCAUCGACGCUAUCAAGCAGUACAUGAGCUUCCGCAAGGUAACCAAGGACCUGGAGAAGCGCGUCAUAAAGUGGUUCGACUUCCUGUGGACCAACAAGAAGGCGGUGGACGAGCGGGAAGUCCUCAAGUACCUUCCGGACAAGCUGAGAGCCGAGAUUGCCAUCAACGUGCACCUGGACACACUCAAGAAGGUGCGUAUCUUUGCCGACUGCGAGGCGGGCCUGCUGGUGGAGCUGGUGCUGAAGCUGCAGCCGCAGGUCUACAGUCCCGGAGACUACAUCUGCAAGAAGGGCGACAUCGGGCGCGAGAUGUACAUCAUCAAGGAGGGCAAGCUCGCCGUGGUGGCCGACGACGGCGUCACGCAGUUUGUGGUCCUCAGCGACGGCAGCUACUUUGGCGAGAUCAGCAUCCUGGCCAUCAAAGGCAGCAAAGCCGGAAACAGGCGAACGGCAAACAUCCGCAGCAUCGGUUACUCCGACCUCUUCUGUCUUUCCAAGGACGACCUGAUGGAGGCACUGACCGAGUACCCCGACGCCAAGGCCUUGUUAGAAGAGAAGGGGAGACAGAUCCUGAUGAAGGACGGCCUGCUGGACCUGGAGGUGGCGGCUCAGGGCCCCGACCCCAAGGAGAUGGAGGAGAAAGUGGAGCGGAUGGCGAGCACGCUGGACGACCUGCAGACGCGCUACGCUCGACUGCUGGCCGAGCACGAGGCCACGCACAGCAAGCUCAAACAUCGAGUCAGCAGACUGGAGAAGAAGACCCCCUCCCGUCUGGGCGGUGCCCCGCCGCCACCUACCGAAUAACAAGCAUUGCUGUGGAAGUGUGUGUUCUCUUCAUAUUCCAAACCAGGAACACAGACAUAAUGUUAACUGCUAGACCGCUAAAGCUGGGGUUCUCAAACUUUUGGGCUCCAUUGAGAAAAUUCCUCAUGAUCCCAACAAUGACGUCAAUUGCUUCAACCUAAAUAUUCACGAUUCGGCGUUGUCAAUUUAGCGAUUCGGUUACUCGAUUUAGCGGCUGCUCGAAACGACUCGUUUUCAAAAAAAAAAAAAUAACGAGCAACUUUAAUUCCUUCUAAGAAACAUACAACGCGCUGUUGGUGGAAUCAAGUGCAAAGUAUACACUUUUAACGUAAAUUAUACACGAUCAUUUACUGUAAAAUCUAUUUUACGCACCCCAAUAUAAUGGCAAACAGACAGACCCCAGUUUGAGGACCCCUGCGAUCAAGCACCAAAAGCUAAAUAGUCUAAAUAUGAUUUGUAGCAGAAACAUGCUAAUCACAUGUUGUUUCUUGGAAUGAUGUGGACGUCGUAAAUUAUAAUAAACAAUAUUAAUGAACAAUCAGUUGCCACGUC